GGUGGCAACGGCGCCGGUGUGUUAUAUAUAUAUCUCCACGUGUCAGUUUCCCGAUCGAUCCCGCUACUCCGAUCGAGCAAAGGCACGCCUACUAUUAUUUCAGGAGAGGCCGCACGCUGCCAUCUCGCUCCGUGAAGAUCAUUGCCGGCGUCCUGGGAGGGGGAGGGGGAGAGAGGGAGGGAGGCUGCUGUCUCGCUGGUCAACCCGGACCGGACCGUCACAGGCGCCAUGGAGAAGCCACUCGAUGAGAAGGAGUUGGAGCGUAAACUGAAGAAAGAUCAGAAGGCAAGAGAGAAGGAGGAGAAGAGGCUCAAGGCGAAGCAAAAGGAGGCGAUUAGGCUCCAGGCCCAAGCAGCAUCUGAUGAACCUAAGAAGAGUGAGAAGAGACAGAAGAAGAAAGGUGCUGCAGAUGAGAAUCCUGAGGAUUUCAUCGACCCAGACACUCCUGCUGGGCAGAAAAAGCUGCUUGCUUCUCAAAUGGCCAAACAAUAUAACCCGGCAGCUGUUGAAAAAUCAUGGUAUUCUUGGUGGGAAUCAUCUCAGUAUUUUGUAGCAGAUGCGGCGAGUUCUAAGCCACCAUUUGUAAUAAUCAUGCCACCCCCUAAUGUAACUGGGGUACUUCAUAUAGGCCAUGCGAUUACAGUAGCAAUUGAGGAUGCUAUGAUUCGCUGGCGGAGGAUGUCGGGCUAUAAUGCUUUAUGGGUUCCUGGAAUGGACCAUGCUGGCAUAGCUACACAGGUGGUGGUAGAAAAAAAGCUCAUGCGUGACAGAAACCUGUCAAGACAUGAUCUGGGGCGUGAUAAAUUUCUAUCAGAGGUCCUCCAAUGGAAAGAUCAGCACGGCGGUACCAUAUUAAAACAAUUACGUACACUUGGAGCCUCACUUGAUUGGUCACGCGAGUGUUUUACAAUGGAUGAGAAGAGAUCAAAAGCUGUAACAGAAGCUUUUGUCAGACUGCACAAAGAAGGCUUAAUUUAUAGGGAUAAUCGUAUUGUCAACUGGGAUUGCUCACUUCGUACCGCAAUUUCAGAUAUUGAGGUUGAGUAUUCUGAACUUACAGAAAAGACUUUGUUAGAGGUCCCUGGUUGUAGCACUCCUGUUCAGUUCGGUGUUCUAAUAAAUUUUGCCUAUCCUCUAGAGGAAGGGUUGGGUGAAAUUAUCGUUGCAACAACAAGAAUAGAAACAAUGCUUGGUGAUACUGCAAUAGCUGUUCAUCCUCAAGACGAAAGAUAUAAGCAUUUGCAUGGAAAAUAUGCUUUCCAUCCCUUUAAUGGCCGGAAACUCAAAAUAAUUUGUGACGCCAAGUUAGUGGAUCCUAGUUUUGGUACAGGAGUUGUUAAGAUCACGCCAGCUCAUGAUCCAGAUGACUUCGACACUGGCAAACGACAUAAUCUUGAGUUCAUCACUAUUUUCACAGAUGAUGGGAUCAUAAAUGAAAAUGGAGGUCCACAAUUUGAAGGAAUGCCACGUUUCACUGCUCGGGCUGCUAUUAUUGAUGCACUAAAGGCAAAGGGUCUAUACAGAGGCACAACAAAUAAUACGAUGCGCAUGGGGCGUUGUUCAAGAACUAAAGAUAUCGUGGAGCCAAUGAUGAAGCCCCAAUGGUUUGUCAAUUGUAAUACUAUGGCAAAGGUAGCUCUUGAUGCUGUAAAAUCUAAAAGGAUUGAGAUCAUUCCACCACAAUACGAGCAAGACUGGUAUAGAUGGCUUGAAAACAUACGUGAUUGGUGUAUUUCAAGACAACUUUGGUGGGGACACCGUGUACCUGCUUGGUAUGUGACGUUAGAAGACGAUGAAGAGAAAGACAUGGGUUCUCACAUUGAUCACUGGAUAAUUGCAAGAAAUGAAAGUGAUGCGAUCCUGGAGGCAAAGCAGAGGUAUCCAGGGAAAACUUACCGGUUAGACCAAGAUCCUGAUGUGUUGGAUACAUGGUUUUCAUCUGGCCUUUUUCCAUUGUCUGUGUUUGGUUGGCCAGACAGCACAGCUGAUCUUACUUCUUUCUACCCUACUUCUGUACUUGAAACUGGAUUGGACAUCCUCUUCUUUUGGGUAGCACGGAUGGUGAUGAUGGGAAUGCUACUUGGUGGUGAUGUGCCAUUUCAGAAGGUUUACUUGCAUCCAAUUAUUCGUGAUGCACAUGGACGCAAAAUGGCGAAAGCCUUAGGAAAUGUGAUUGAUCCCAUUGAUGUAAUAAAUGGCAUAACACUUGAAGAUCUUGGGGAAAAGUUGAAAUAUGGCAAUCUUGAUCCAAGUGAGUUAGAAAAGGCAAAAGAAGGUCAGAAGAAAGAUUUCCCUAAUGGUAUUCCAGAGUGUGGCACCGAUGCCCUUCGUUUUGCCCUGAUUUCAUACACUUCUCAGUCUGACAAGAUAAAUCUGGAUAUCAAGAGAGUGCAUGGGUACAGACAGUGGUGCAAUAAACUGUGGAACGCCAUCCGUUUUGCCAUGAACAAGCUUGGAGAUCAUUACACCCCACCAGCAACUGUUUCUGUCUGCUCUGUGCCACCUAUCUGCAAAUGGAUACUCUCAGUACUUAAUAAAGCUGUUGGCAAGACUGUGUCAUCACUAGAAGCAUACAAAUUCUCUGAGGCCACAUCGUCUAUUUACUCUUGGUGGCAGUACCAACUUUGCGAUGUAUUUAUAGAAGCCAUAAAACCUUACUUCAAUGAAUCUCAAGAGUUAGAAUCUGCAAGAGGUGCUUGUCGAGACACAUUGUGGUUAUGUCUGGAUACUGGUUUGCGACUGCUCCACCCGUUCAUGCCUUACAUAACAGAGGAGCUUUGGCAGCGCCUUCCUCAGCCUAACGAGGCGUGUAGGAAAGACUCCAUAAUGAUAUCUGAGUAUCCCUCAGUUGUAAAGGAAUGGACGAAUGAUCAAAUUGAAAAUGAAAUGGAGAUUGCGUUGGAUGCUGUCAACAAACUAAGAUCUCUUCGGCCACACACAGAUACACAUGAAAGGCGCCCUGCUUUUGUGCUCUGCCGUGGUGUCGAGAUUGCUGCCAUUAUUCAGUGCUACCAGUUGCAGAUUACAACUCUUGCUUCCAUUUCAUCUCUUAAGGUACUGACAGAGGAUGAUCCAACUCCACCCAACUGUGCCACAAAUAUUGUAAACAAAGAUCUAUCAGUAUACCUCCAGCUUCGAGGAGCUCUGAACACUGAAGCUGAGCGUGAGAAGCUAAGGAAAAAGCGAGAAGAAGUUCAAAAGCAACACGACACCUUGUCGAAGAAAAUGAAUGCCUCUGGCUAUCGCGCGAAGGCUCCUCCGAGCAAGCAAGAUGAGGACAUGAAAAAGAUUGCUGCAUUAUUGGAGGAGCUUGAGAUCAUCAGCGAAGCUGAAAGUGAACUGAAUGCAAACAACUGAGAGGGGACAGUUAUUGAGAGACGAAUUUUUUGACGACCUUUUGUGAUUUAGAUGCACGUAGUUAGUUGUAUAUUUACAAAUUCACAUUCACUCCCCAAGCUUGUAGGAUCAAGAAACACUUUUACCUUGUAAAUUAUUUUUUUAGAUCAACUUCGUAAACAAUUUGUUAUUUGCGUUUCAAAUGAAUUCAAAGGAAGU